GGAGGAACUCUAACCCAUCCCAGCGAGCAGACAAACCGAAUGUGUGCCGUCAUAACUGACUCUGUGGCGUUGGAUAAAAGCCGUCGGAUAUUGUCAAGCGUUUCUUCUGCAAAAGGGAAUAAAACUAUCCACGCAGGAAUAUUUUCACGCAAGACCUCAUAUGGACUAAAACACACAGCAAAUUAAGUGAGAGGAUACUUGGACAUAUAACCAGGACAUCAAGAGACCAAGACUUCUCUGAGAAAUGUCCAACACAACUGGGCGAGGUCAUGGGGGUCUUAAUCAACUAGGCGGCAUGUUUGUGAACGGACGCCCGCUCCCAGAGGUCAUCCGACAGAGGAUUGUGGACAUGGCACACCAGGGAGUGAGACCCUGCGACAUCUCUCGCCAGCUGAGGGUCAGCCACGGCUGUGUCAGCAAGAUCCUGGGCAGGUACUAUGAGACGGGAAGCAUUAAACCAGGAGUCAUCGGGGGCUCCAAGCCGAAAGUGGCGACUCCUAAAGUGGUGGAUAAGAUAGCGGAGUACAAGCGGCAGAACCCCACCAUGUUUGCGUGGGAGAUCCGAGACCGGCUGCUGGCCGAGGACGUUUGUGAUGGCGAAACCGUGCCCAGCGUCAGCUCCAUCAACAGGAUUAUUCGCACAAAAGUUCAACAGCCAUUCAACCUUCCUCUGGACAGCAAAGGCCUCAGUCCUGGACACACGCUUAUUCCCAGUUCAACCGUCACUCCUCCAGAAUCUCCUCAGUCGGACUCUCUGGGCUCCACCUACUCCAUCAGCGGCCUGCUGGGAAUCCCACAGAGCAGCUCCGAGGGCAAGAGGAGCCUCGAAGACAGCGAUCAGGAGAGCUGUCGGCACAGCCUGGACUCUCAGGGCAGCGGUGGCAGGCCACGGAAACAGCUGAGGACCGAACACAUUGCAUCCCAGCGCCUGGACUGUGGCUUUGAGCAGCAUCAGUACAGCUCUGACACAUUCAGCCGGACCGCGGCCGGGAAAACAGAGCAGGCGCUCUAUCCUCUCUCGCUCAUCAAUGGCAGUCUGGACGAGGGUAAAGGAGCUUCAGCUGUCAGUCGAAACCUGGCGGCCCAUCAGGGAUACACAGUGGUUGCAGAAGCUCUACAGCCCCUCCCACUCUCUCUGAAACAGGAAAUGUCACCCGAGGUGAACUGCUUAAGCCCCUCCCCCAACAUCAUCUCUAAUGGGGCUUUCCUGGAGCUCACCUCAUCAUCAGCACCCAUCUCUAACAGCUGCAGCAACGCCACUCAUUUAUCUCAUGGCUUCAACUCAUUUACCCAUCAUGCCCCAGUGCACGGGCAGUUCGGCAGCCCGUCGCUCAUCGCAGGCAGAGAUGUGGCAAGCUCAAUGCUGCCCGGUUAUCCUCCACACAUUCCCUCGGCCGCACAGACCGGCUUCUCCUCCUCCACCAUCACUGGGAUGGUAGCAGGUCCAGAAUACACGGGCCAGUCCUACAGCCACGCUUCCUACACGUCUUAUAGCGACGCCUGGAGAAUCACCAACUCCAGCAUAUUAGGUUCCCCGUAUUACUACAGUUCCUCCCGCGCGCCGCCGCCCUCCGCCGCCGCUUACGAUCAUCUCUAGCACCGGAGAACCGGAGAACCUUCUCUUUCUACUGUGGAGCGUCCAGUGAAAGACACGAGGAGUGAAGAAAAACGAAAACAUAUUGACGGAUGAUACCCUUUAAUGCCUGUAAAGCUAUUUAUGUUCAAGGCCUUUUGCAGCCACACGUUUACAUCUUUAUAUUGUACAGAGACACUCGGACGUUGUUUUCAGCAGCUGGAACUUCUGAAUUGUAGCUACACGAUUCAACAACUAUAUCCACAAAACUGAACAAAUAAACUAUAGAAAUCAAAAGGUUAUAAAGGAUUCUAUGAGAAACAUUGCUGUUCCACUGAGAUGGUCAUUUUGUUGACGUGACAUUUUAUUGAGUUUGCAUUCGAUCUGAAUGAAAUAAUCUCUGAUGUGAGCUUCAUCGCUAUUCUUACAGCAGAUAUAAAUAAUGUUAUCUAUGACAAGCGGACAUUUCUAUCUUCAUUGUGCCGCAUUUCACCAUCGUCCAACAAAUCAAAAACAUCAUAUUCAGCAGUGGCGCCCCCAGAAAAUUUUAACAGGGGUGGCCAAAUGAGGCCACAGUAAAUUUUGGGGUGGCACAUUAAAAUAAAGAAAAAAUAUAAGGGUUUGCAAUAUAGACAAAAAGUUAUAUCUCUGUGAGUUCUAGGAUUUUAUCGAUAAUGAUAAUUAGCCUAUUUUGCUGAGUGUUAUUGUGCUGAUAUCAUAUUUUUAAUUUUGCUGACACCUGAUUUUUUAUUUUAUUUUUACCUUUACACCAUUGUUUCUAAAAGUGUGCACCAUGUUUUAGGUCAAAUACUUGCAUUUGGGCUUUUACCAAGCAAAUGCAAUCAUUAUCAACAAAAUUGAUCUUUGCAAUGCAGAUAAAACAGAAGCUGCAUCUGAAGUGCCAUUUAGAUGUUUUUACACACUGUUUUAUGCAGCUCCGUGGAACAUGGAAUACUUUAACCUGCAGUUACAAAUGAAUAAAUAAUGUUUUGAUAUUUUAAAGAUAAAACAUUGAAAACUGAUGUUUGAAAUUAUUUAAAAAAUGAAAAGGUUCCAUAAAAUGUGAAAUUAA